UUCACAAUAAAAAUUCAUGUCAGAUUUUGACAAUUGCAUUGAGAAAAAAACAUAAAAACUUGUGGGCGAAGUAACAAACGCACGCCAAUUGAUUCUCUUCUAAAUAAGGUGUAUUUAAAAGCUUACGAUUUACAAAAUGGCACAAAUGGAUAUAGAAUUAAAGAAGGCUUUCGCCGAAAUGCAAAUUAACAAAAUUGAAACCACAAAAAAGAUGAAUAUGAUUGAUAUGAAAUGUGAUAUGGUCAAGACCGGUAAACAUAAAUAUCAAUUAACAGAAAAGGGGACUAGCGAUUUGACUAAUGACACAAGAGUUUACCUUUCGGUUGGUCGCAUGUUUGUUUUAACAGAUGUUCAAAAUAUGCGUAACGAUUUGAAGCAGAAACAAGAAAAAUGUGAUAAAGCUAUUAUCUUGCUCAACAAAAAGAAGGAGUUCUUAGCAAAAUCACUAAAGGACCAAGAGGAUGGCUUACGUGAACUAGUACAGCAACGCAAGGAUGCUGACUCUACUAAGUAGAAUUUGAGCAUUUAACACUUUGACACCAUAUAUUUAUUAUCGUUCACACAAAAUUGUAUUAGUGCAGUCAUAUAAAUUUAGUUUAUUGAUUUUGAAAAAUUCUUAAUAGCCAAAUACAUUUUUUUUAUAAUUCAAUAAAAUUAUCCAGUU